AUGUCGAUCGCAGAAUUUGAUGCUACGCUAAAAGAACUUAAGACACUGAAGGCCCCAGGGGUUUCAGGCUCUAGAAUUAAGAAACUAGUAACGUUUGCCGUGGAUAACGUAUCGCAAGAGUCGCAGCUUGUUGAUGUGAUGUAUGACAACUUCAAGUUUGCUCCUCCUACUCAUAAGUUGGGCUACGUUUAUGUAAUCGAUGCAGUAGCAAGGCGAUACUUUGAUCUCAUAACUGGUAAUCCAGUUAAUUCCGAUUCUAAAAAUGGUUCCUUUGAGGCAGGAGUCUACAAGAUCCAAAAUAUAAUCAAGCAAGUUAUAGAAGAGUCAUUUGCAAGUGGCAUCAACGAAGAGCAGAAGGAGAAACUCAGUAAACUUGUAGACAUUUGGUCACGAUUCAACACAUUUGAGUCUAGCAUUUUGAAAGAUAUCAAGUACAAGUACUUUAGAUCUACUACUCCUCCGGGCUCUCCUCCCAGUAGCCGAUCUUACCUAUUGCAGUCUGGCAAUUCAACCGAGACAAGAAGUGAUCCUACAGCUAUUUUGCAGCAGUUGGCGUCGCAAGCAGGUUCCGUAAGCAAAAGUGCACCUAAUCCCGGCUCCACUUCUUCAUUUGUAUCUCCGCCUGCCGCAAAUGCUCCUGUGCUAUCUAACCCCAACGACCCUAAUGCCAUUUUCCAAAUGCUGCAGCAGAUGCAUGGUGGACAAAUGGCUCAGUAUCAACAACCACACCAAGCACAGCAGCUGCAACAACCUCUUCAACAGUCUCACCCACAAUAUCAGCAAUUUCAGCCAGCUCAAGGCCGAUUCCAAUCUCAGUCCCAGACCCAAUCGUAUCAAGACUAUCGAGACAGGAAUGAGGAAGAUCAUUCUAGACGAAAUGAUCAGAGAUCAAGAUCAAGAUCUCCUAGAAGAAAGGAAGCUACCAACUCUACUGACUCACCAACUCUUUUUCCAGGUGAAAGGAAUGACCCUUCAAACCCUCACUUUAGACAGAAGCCUCUUUAUUACGAUAACACCCUACCUCAAGGAUCUGUUAAAGUUCUGAGCAGAACUGUAUUUGUUGGCGGCGUCAACCCUGGUAUGGAUGAAAUAAAACUUUCCACGAUAUUGAGGCCAUUUGCUGAGGUACAAAGUGUAAUAUUGAAUCCGGGUAAGAAAAUUGCUUUUGUCAAGGUGUACUCCAGACAAGAAGCUGAGAAUGUUAUCAAUAACUUUGUCAGUCAGACAAACACUAGUCUUCGAACCAGAUGGGGUGUAGGAUAUGGACCAAGAGAUUGCUGCGAUUAUCAAAGGGGCGUCUCGAUCAUUCCUAUUGAUAGGUUGACCGAUGCUGACAGACGGUGGGCAGUUGAAGCAGGCUGGGGAGGAACUGGUGGUGAGCCUUUGACAGGAGGACAAGUGUUUGAGGAGCCAGAUAUUGAGGUCGGUCAUGGAGUUUCGUCUAAAGCUAUUUCAAGGAAAAUGCCUACAAAUAGUGCCCGAAAUGGACCUCGCUCUAACCGACCAGGAGAGAUGCAAGACAAUGUAACUCCUUCAGCUUCUGCAGUUCCUCAGUUCGCGCCUAAUCUUAUCCAGUCUAAUCCCUUAGGACAACUAUUCAAUAGCCCAAGCUCAAAUGCUACUCCCAAUACGAACAUGAACUCUUUGAACAGUUUUGCCUCACCUCCACCACAGAUGCAACCAUCUAUACCUUUGAGUCAAUCUCAGCAGCACCCUUCAGCUUCAACUCAGCCUGAUGUGAAUGCGUUGUUCCAGAAUUUGGCAAGCCUGGUAAAUAACCAAAAUAAGUAA